AAUCUUGUUAUCUCGUAAAAAUUUUAUUUUAUUAAGUACUAGCAGCUAACUUCAUGCCUUUCCGAAAGCUUUCGGAGCUUUCAGAAAAAGCUAAAAUUGAAUGAGAAAUGACAUAACCUCAGAAUUUGUGCUGUGUUUUGGUUCGCGCCGGACAUUAAAAUGGGAAAGAACACCGAUAAUUCUGAUGUGAAAAAGCGAGUAAGGAAGCACCCAGUCCGCAAAUGGGAUGACGAAUGCAUCAAGCUUAUUUUGGAGCAUUUAAAGGAGAAUAUCCCAAUCGAGAAGCCAACAGCGAGGCAAUAUUAUACGAGAUUCUGCGACCUGUACCCUGAGCUCCAGAUCGAGGAUCCAGAUUUAGUGCGUCAGAAGGUUGUGCACCUCAAGACAAAAUAUAUCCAAGUUGAGCAGUGGCGCAACGAGUCGGGGAAUGGAGUGAAAGACGGUGGAGAAACUAUCAAUGAAAUACUGAACAGGAAAUGUCCAUUCUAUACAGACUUGGAUGAGAUAUUUUCCCAGAAAAAGAGUGUACGAUUGCAGAGAAUUCUCGACAGUGGCAAUGAUGAAUCCGUCCAGCACUUUAGGGCAUUUACACAAAAAUCAGUGACCGCAAAACGUCCAACAACAACUGUGACCAACAACUCUAGCCAGAUUGAAACCGUUGCACCCCAUCGUCUUGAAAAUUUUGUCCCUGCUGAGAGUCCCGGUGAAGAUGAGGAUAUCGUAAUUUCGUUGACUGAUGUGAAUCCAGGCACAUCAAACAUGGAUGACAAUCGCCGUGAUGGCCGUGAUAUCUCGACAUUCAGGAAUAAUUUAAGCAACUGUGCUGACCACUCACAACAGAUUGAUGAACCUGAUGACUCUGAUGAAGCUUCACGUCCUGCAGUAUGCGAAGCACCGGGAAAAAGACUUCGCGGACUAUCAGGCACAUCUUCUUCAGCCAAGAAGAAGCGUAAGAUUACCAGCGCUGGAUCAAUGCUGCCUGGAAUCGAUGCACUGGCGGCUGAAAGGAAAGCUUCAACUCAGAUGCGGGUGGAGUUCGAGAAAGAAAAGCUCGCCAUUGAGUCCAGCUUGGAAGACCGGCGACUCAGCCUCAUGGAGAUGGAUAUAAAAGCAAAGAUCGAACUUGAGAAGCGCAAGCAGGAGUUUGACGAGAGGAUCAGGUUGCAGGAACUGAAAUACAAAUAUGGCAUCACUGAAAAUAUUCCUCGAGACCUUGAUUGUUGAGCAAAACCAAAGAGUACAAAAUUUCUAUCAAGUUUUUUUUUUUAAUUUUAUUAUUCAUUUGUUCAAGAAUUCUGUGAUACAUUUAAGGAGUGAAAUAAACUUUGAAGUAAUCUAUUAAUCAAAUGUUUUGCAACAUGUGUUCAUAUAUGUACUGCCGUUUCCUCUCUGCAGCAUCAUUGCCAGCUGGAAUCUGAAGCUCUUCUUCAAUAGGAUCAUCAUUGAUUUCGCCAAUAUCAUCAAACACGAUUCUGUAGCCACGAUCCAUUUUGUAUUUGAGGAGCAUAUUGUAGACUAUGAAGCAGACCAUCACCCAAUUACAACAGUAUGCAUAAUUUUCUUCUGUUCCAAGUCUGAAUCGUAAUUCCUUGAGACUUUGGAAUGUUUCCUUAGCAUCUCCAAAAACUUGCUCCACUCGUACACGAUAGGAUGAAAAUAUACGAUUAAAUUGUCGUCUUUCUUGCGCAGUCAUGGCCCUGGAGUUUUGCCUAUAGGGAGUGAUUACUCUCUCCGUGCACUUGUAGGCUGAAUCGGCAGCUAUAUAUUCAUCUCCGGUAAGAAAUUCCUCCGUGCGUUGUCCAAGUUCAAUGUUCACAAACAUUCUGGCAUCGUGGACACUCCCUGUGAACACAAAAA